CUCUCGGCCAUCCCGGUCACCUAUGUCUUCAACCACCUGGCGGCCCAGCACCACUUCUGGACAAUUGUAGGGGUUGCUGCCCUCAUCCUGCUCCUGGUGGCCCUGUUGGCUCGAAUCCUCGUCAAAAGAAAACCACCCCGGGACCCGCUCCGGCACUUGUACGCCGUGUUCGGCUUUACCAGCGUGGUGAACCUCAUCAUAGGCCUGGAGCAGGACGGAGUCAUCGACGGGUUCAUGACGCACUACCUGCGAGAGGGUGAACCGUAUCUGAACACGGCGCAUGGGCACAUGGUCUGCUACUGGGACGGCUCCGCCCAUUACCUGAUGUACCUGGUGAUGGUGGCGGCCAUCGCAUGGGAGGAAAGUUAUAGGAACAUUGGGCUGUACUGGGUCGGAUCGAUUAUGAUGAGCAUGAUUGUUUUUGUGCCAGGAAACAUUGUAGGGAAGUUCGGAACACGCGUUUGCCCUGCUUUCAUCUUAAGCAUACCGUACACGUGUCUUCCUGUCUGGGCCGGCUUCAGAAUCUAUAACCAGCCGUCGGAAUAUUGUCAUUACCCGUCCAAGGUGAUUUUUACUAAGUCACAUGUGACCUGUCUGCACACUGGCAGGGCGCACCCGCAUUCACGGGCCACUGAGCCGUGCGCCUCCGGGGACUGGAGCUUUUGGGGACCGCGAUCCAUCGGUGUGACUUGUGUCGGUUCUGCAGUGUCUGUCACACCUUAGCUUUGGUGGCCAAGACUGUCCCACGGCCCCUGCUUCCGGGGCCAGUGGUCCCCUGGGCUGCUCCCCUCACAUUCUGCAUGCGUUCUGGUGUGGGGUUGGUCUGGGGCUGUCUGUGGCCUGGAGUUUGAGCACCUGGGCAUCUCCUCAGAGAUACCUGUGCCUUUAUGACCCCGAGGGGAGGCUGGAGGGAUACUGCGUUCGAGGUAGCAC